AUGGAUAACACCAUAACCCCCGCGAGGGAGGACAUGAGCACCCACACCAUCAAGGCGCUCGCGCCAAAUCACCGCGAGGGGCUGGCGGCCAUCGUCGUCGUGUCGGGGGCGUCUCUCCUCAGCGUCUCGCUGCUGUUCCUCCACCUCACGGCCAAGCUUGUGCGCUGGCACGUCAAGUCGUGGCGGCGGAGGCGGGCGCGACGCAAGGCAGACCUCGGCCCGCCGUCGGUGGACCUGAGCCUCGGCCUGGCCCCGGAGCACUUCCAGAGCCGGCGUCAAGGCGGCGGCAGCAGCAGCAGCAGCAGCAGCACGGCGGCGCAACCCAGGCCGUGGCGGUUGCCGGCAGGGGCGGCGGCGGGGCACGCGCGCGAGCCGAACCAGUUCGUGGUGCUGCUGUACAACCUCCUCCUGGCGGACCUGCACCAGAGCGUCGCGUUCGUCAUGAGCGCGGUGUGGCUGCGCGAGGACGCGGUGCUGGUCGGCUCGCCGACGUGCUGGGCGCAGGGGUUCCUGAUCUCCAACGGCGACCUCGCCGUCAGCCUGUUCAUCACCGCCAUAGCGCUGCACACGUACCUCGUCGUCAUCCACGGCUGGACCCCGACGCAGAAGGCUCUCGUCCUCAGCUGCGUCUGCCUGUGGGUCUUUGCUUACCUCAUGACGGGGAUAGGGAUCCUGGGGACGGCCAACGGGGCUGCGGUUGGGGGGUUUUAUGUGCGAGCUGCGGCGUGGUGCUGGGUCAACAAUCACCUCGAAACCGUGCGGCUGCUGACGCACUACAUCUACAUCUUCAUGUCGCUCCUGCUCACCAGCGGCUUCUACGUGGCAAUAGUCGUGCAUCUGUACGCACGACGGCGCCGGCAGUGGGGGUUUUGCAGCAGUAGCAGCUUCGAGAGCCUGCCGUCUCAGAAACAAGACGCCGCAGCGGGGGCGAUCAAGACAUGCUCGCCUCUAUGCACGUCAUCGCCAACAUCAUCAUCAUCACAAUCAUCAUCAUCACAAUCAUCAUCACCAUCUUCGUCGUCGUCGUCGUCGUCAUCACCAGCGAAAACAACAUGCUACAACUCUACCUUCCUCGUCUACCCACUGAUAUACGUGCUGUGCACGUCGCCGCUGGCCGUCGGGCGGGCGUGGACCAUGUCGGGCCGGCGGGCGUCGAUCCCGUACUUUUGCGCGGCGGGGGCGCUCAUGUCGGCCAACGGCCUGCUCGACGUGCUGAUCUGGGGCUGCACGCGGCGCGACGUCGUGUUCGGCGACGUCGACGAGACGGCCGACGCGCUGGGGCUGGAUUCGUUUUCGUUUAUGCGCACGCCGCGCGACCGCAAGUACGGCAACAUUGUCGUCGUCGAGGGCGCCCUGCGCCGCCAGCAGCAACAGCAGCAGCAGCAGCAGCAGCAGCAGCAGCAGCGGUGGCGGUCCUUGACGGGCGACCCGCUACUGCGGAAGCUGGGGAGGAGCAGGGCGGGCGCGGGCGGGACGGAGAAGGGCGCGGCGGCCAAGGGGCUGUCGAGGUGGGGGCGGUAUGAGAUGCGCAACGGGAGGAGGGCCCGGUCCAACGGCGGCAGCGACACCAGAACCAGCAGCACCAGCCAGGAGUGUCUGCGCGGGGGCAUAACGAUGGAGACGGUGACCACGGUGGUGGUCGAGGAGGACCUCGAUGUGAGAGCGGGCCUCUGCGUGAGGCCGGAGGAUUACAUUGCAGCGACGGGCUCGGCACCGCUACACAUACAGGCCGGGUUGGGAUCACAAGACGAGUCCGAGACGGAUCCCUGGGCUGGUCCGGGAUACAUGGGACGGUGCAAAGAUUCAAGGCAGGCAGGCUGA